AUGGCGCCACGAGGCUUUACGAACCCAGCCCCAAAGACGGAAUCGGCGCGUUCCGCCUUGAGCUCCUUCACCUGCACCCUCUGUAACAAGUCAUAUUCACGCCAUCCCGAGUACGAAGCACAUAUCUCGUCCUACGACCAUCAGCAUCGCAAGCGUCUACAAGAUCUCAAACAGCUAUCGCGCGACCCCAAUGCGGCCGAGAAAGCUCGACGAGCGGAGCGGAGAGCUGAUGCUGAAGCCGGAUUAAGAACGAUCAGUACUGGAGCUCCGACUUCUGGCAGUGGCGGAGGCGGGGGGUUCAAAAAGGGCGGAUUCAAGAGUUCUUUUACCGCGGUGAAAGGUCCGGGGGCUCCCGCGGUGCCGAAGAAGAAUGUACUCGGCGAUGAUGAUGAAGACGACGAGCCUCAGUCCAGCGGACCGGCCGAAACUACAGACCGUGCACAAACAAAAACCCCCAAAAGUUCCAACCCACCGAAUGAGCUUGGGGAGAGCGACACGGACGAAGAGUAUGCCAAUGACACAGCCGGUGGGGGCUAUUACGAUCCGCGAAAACCUACAGGUUGCUUUCAUGGGUGUGCAGGGUAUACGCCGGCUCAAGUGGAACCUGCGAAGUGA